ACUUGACAGAUCACAGCUGUUGAUAUAAUGUAAAAUAACAAGAAAAAUAUAAUUACGAAAAAUUACCUACACAUAAGAAAUCUCUCUAAAAACAUAUUUUGUCCAUAUUUUAAGCUAAGUAUAACUGUAUAAAACGCAAAAAAUCGUAUACUUAUGUAAACUACUAAACGUAGAUUAAUAUUAUUUGAAAAAAUGGAUAUAACACCGCUAUUUAAAGCUUGUAUUAAAACAGUAAAAACUCGAAAUAAAGCCUUUGGUAUUUUGAGCCCUAGUCAUGAAGAAAAACGUGUCACCUUACGAACAAAAUCUAGAAGUGCAUUCACGACUACUGCUAAAGAAAUAACAUUACAGAUCACCAAACUUCGAGAUUUCUUACUGGAACACAGAGAGAGGUAUCUAAACUUAUUAAACAAUGUUACUGAAGAUGAAAUGACUGAAUAUGAGCGCGAUCAAAUUGACACAGGUGCACAAAGGAUAAUAAAUACCUGUUCUCAUCUUUUGAAAGAGUUUAGAAAUGAUAACCGAAAGCUAGCUGUAUCUCAACAAAUGAGGGAAUACAUGGAUUGUGUGAUAGACCUUAUAGAUGUAUAUUUAAAAGCUGUCUGUAAGAUUCACAGUGAGCUUAAGGCAUUUCGGGUUAAGAGAGCUCUAGAUAUGAGAAAGCUUUCACGGCUAGAACUUCCACAAACAAAAUCAUCUAUUCCUAAUCCUUUUGUACAUCCAAUUGAGAAGGAUAGUGAUAUGGAUUUGGAUGAAAAUGAAGAGAUUGACAGUCCAAAGUCUAAAAUGGAACUCUCGGAGAAUGAUGUUGCAGUGAUGUCAGAUGAGGGUGAGCUAAGUGCAGAAGAGCUGCAGAUGUUUGAGUCAGAGAACUUACAACUCUUGAAUGAACUUAACAGUAUGAGUGAAGAAGUGAGACAGAUUGAGAGUAAAGUACUGCACAUAGCUGAACUACAAGAGAUAUUUACAGAAAAGGUUCUGCAACAAGAACUUGAUAUAGACAGGAUAGCAAAUACAGUUGUUGGCACUACUGAAACUAUGAAAGACGCAAAUGACCAAAUCAAACAGGCUAUUCAGAGGAAUGCUGGACUCAGAGUAUAUAUUCUUUUUUUUUUGCUUGUCAUGUCAUUCACGCUACUAUUCCUUGAUUGGUAUAAUGAAUAAAUCUGGUUUAUAACAUA